UUCGAUUCGCAUCGAUGAAUAAAGUCGUUCCUGUGCUUGUUUUUCCACUCUAGAACCCAAGCACUGUAUGGAAUCAUCGUGUUUAAACUGUGUCUACCAUUAUAGAUCCCCAAACUGAAAGGUCUCGAAAUGACCGUGAGGACGUCUGUGAUUCUGUCGUUACUCUUGACAACUCUCCUCGUUAAUACCGUCAGUGCAGAUGAACAGACUGCGGCACCAACGGAACGGAACGGUUCUCCCUCUAAGAACGAGGGGGAGAACUCCCCAGCCCAGCCUGGCCAGUCUACCCCCAAAAUGACUGAAGGAUCCGGCUCGCGCUCAGGCGAGGAACCGAUUCGCGAUGACGGCUCAGCCGAGCAAAGCCGACCUCGCCGACAGACGGCAGGAGGGCAUCCCCACUUCCCGCCCGGUUACACCGCGGGGCAUGAAAGUUUAAUGCAGAAAUAUCACCAGCACAUCGCCGAUAGCCACCGGUGGCACUCAACCGACGCCAACCGGGGCAAGGGACGAUCGCUGCAGGCCGGGGAGCGCCAGAAACAAGUCUUCCCGUACGCGGAAAGACGGCAGAUCGCGCAGCCGAGGAAAUAUCGCUUCGACGAGAACAAAGUGGGGCAUCGGGUGACAAAGACCCGGGUUCACUUCACCCCUCUCGGCGUCGCCGCGCCGGUGGGCCCCAUUCGGGAGGAAAAACGCCUGCAACGAACGUACAGCAAAUACUUCACUAAGGACGACGAGCAAAACAAAUUCUUGCCACCCAAGCAUCUCCUUCGCAACUGUUGGAUGCAGGCAAUGGUUGCGCGGUCGUUCUCACCGAGUUGCAAAGAGGACGGCACCUACAGCGCCAAGCAGUGUCACAAGAAACGAUGUUGGUGUAGCAACAAACACGGCAAGAUGGUCAACCCCUCUGGCAAGGACCGCGACCACGGCGUCUACUUCGGCAUCAAGGCACUGACCCUCCGCUGCUCAACGUAAAGGAACCGUUCUACAGCGCCGGCAAGCACCACAUUGUGGACAGCGCAGUGAUGGGCUUUUUCUUAUUGCUUAUGACUGACUUAAAAGCGCGACACCUUGCCUGGUACUCUUUACUCACAGCUGUUUUUAAUGUCAGGGUGUGACCGAUUGUUCUCAACAACGCUUCCCUCUGAACCCUUCCCAGAUCGAUCCUGCCGAUAUAUGACCUAUUUGGGAAGGAUUUCCCCACCAUACCCCCGUGGAUAGCGACAGGACGAUUGUGCGAAAUAAUCAGCACACUCUAUUUGAUCACAACAAACUUAAAAGACGGCACAACAGCUUCCAAAAAAGGAAAAAUUUAUUUAGGAGCGAAAUUUGGCACCAGUGGUGAAUUAGCGAUUGGUGAGCACGUUGGUCAUGUAGGCCUACAUUCUUCAAAAUAGGGCAUGGAGCACUGAGCUGCUGCGGCCCAGUUUGCAUGGAACCACAUCUUAAAAGGAACCAAACUGGGUUGUGCAAUCCAUACAUCUUAAACACGGGUGGGUGGUCAUUUUCUCAGAUUUUUGAUCCCUCAUCCUUUUUUCCCCCCGAGGACAAAAAAAAAUUCCCUGAUUUGUUUCAGACGGUCCAUGUGGGUGAAGUGGAACUUUGUUCAUGUCCUUACCUCUCACUACCAUGCCCCUUUUUCCCCCCACAGGAAUACCAGUAAGGUUCUUGUCCAAAGCCCAAAAAUAAGGAGAAGCCAAAAUAUACCUAGUAGUAGCCUAAAAUCAAAUUAUUUUACAUAAAUAAGCCGGAUAAGGCUUUCGCUUGAAAAUUGGCAUCCUCGUUUCCGAGAUGACAGAGGGUAAAGGGAAAGAAAUACCUCUUUUUGAGCCCUAAAAAUCAAAUUGAGAAGUCACAGCCAUCGAACAAAUACCCUACAGUGUGACAAACCUUGACAAACAGAAGAGCAUAAAUCAAGCCAAGCUCGUCGUUUGUUUCAGGUAUCAGACCUUGUUUAUUUGUUCCUUGCUAUAAGUCCUUUCUUUUUGCCUCUUCGGAGGACUCCCAGUAACGUCCGAGGACACCUUGCAAGUUAUCCGCAAAGUUCAAAUCUUUGCAAGUUUCAAAGAAACAAAAAUAUGCUCCUCGUCUUUAAAUGGCAUACUUUAACUGAAGAGAAAAAGCUAACCAACUGAAAGCAAAUUGUAAUUGUAUUGUAAUAAAUUGUUCAACUUCUUGCGACCACCACA